UGGUGGCGUUUCUGCUGGCAGUUGUUUUACUAGUAUUUGCUGUUUUCAUGUUUGCGGUUAAGUUUUUGUGGCGAAGAGUGUUUUCUGGAAGCAAAGUCAAAAAGGAAUGAAAAACGUGCUUAAAGUUGGUUGUGUCAGAUUUCCUGGAUCCAGUAAAAAAAAACAAAAAACAUUAGUAAACUAUUCUGCUCUGUAUUCAGAGUCCUGAGCAGGCUGCAAACAGUCCGACACUGGUACCCCAGCACACCUAAGUGUGUGUAUACAUCCACAAACCUCACAGUGUUUCCCAUUAAUUGCCUAGACUGUGGCUCACCAGAGUUUCAUAAUGAACCGUACAUAUUGUUGCACUUCUCAUUAGAACAUUAAAGACUAAUGCUGUGUUCUUUGCUAUGUCCUCACAAUUCAAAUCUAUACAACCAAGCAACCAAGAAAAAUAAAGAAUACUGCAGUUCCUUGAAUGGCCACUUGAGGCUGACUCCAAAAACGAGUCAAUACCCAUAGACCCCCCUGUUAAAAUGUCAAACUUUACAGCAGAAAUAAACAUGUUUACAGCCUGGUACAAAAACUGGUUUUGUUCUCAAUAGCUAAAUGCGUCAUUCAUGACAGCUGUACGGGCAGUACAUUUUUAUAUAGCUACCGUCUACAGUAACUACAGUCUAUGAGUCAGAUCCACCCCUUGCUCCUCCACAGCUUCACCCCCUCGUCCAAAUAUGGUCACAUCUGGCCCCAAAAAUCCAAGAUGGCAACAGCCAAAAUGCCACACUCAAGGCUUCAAAACGUGAGUCAACAAGCCAGUGGGUGACGUCUAUGCAUACAACCAAUGUGUUUAUGCAAGGUUCAACAAUAGGGAAUGCCCAAGGGCCAGACCCAGGCCAGUGGGCCAGUAAAUAUAAUCAGACAGUUGCUCAUUCGGGCCAGUGCUCACAAAAGAGAAGGAAGCGGAAGAAAACAUUUCAUUGCUUUGCGACAUUACAAUACAAAUAGUUUACAAGAGCACAAAGUUCUUCAUAGAUCUGUAGCCUCUUAAUUUCCCCCCAGAGUUCACCAGAUUUAUGCAUUUCACUUUAAAAUGUACAAAAUUUUCUUCUGGGUGAGCAUGCCACCAGAGCCCUCUAAAGGGUCCAAGGUCCACCCACCACAGUCUCACAAAAUCCUGUGCAAAACACUACCUCAUAUCACAUAACAACCUCAGAUAAAGACCUCAUGUUUCUGUUCUGCUCUGUUCUGUUGUUUGGUAAGCAGCAUGUCUCAAAAAUCUGUAAAUAAUUAAAUACUAUCUGGUGGAAAGUUUGACCUUUCGUCAAGCCAGCAGCUUUUAGUCUGCAUCCAGGGAUGGUUUUGAGGAAUUACUCGGGGAGGGUUCUUUAACAUUUUUCUAUUCUCAUAAACCACUGUACUGGCUUUAAUAAAAUUAAAUUAGCUUGAUUUAUGAAAACUGACACAUAUAUUUUGUGAUUUUUUGUCACUAGCGGUGGGUGAUGAUUUAAUACCAUUUACAAUUUUUAGUAAUAAUAUGAUGUCGUCAUGUUUUUGUUCCACUAAUUCAUGUUGUACAAAUAAUGAUUUUGAGCAAGCUGUAUGUGCAAAAGAAAAAGUUUAAUAAAGCAUUUUAAGAGUUUGGACUUGUGUACUGCAUAACUGAGUAACACAAUUAAUUGCUUCUCAAAAAUGUGAUUAUUUCAUAUGUACUUUGGCGACUGUCUUUGUGUGGCACCAGUCUGCAAACAUAAUGAACAACUUUCAUCCUGGACAAUACAUACAGUAUACACAGUGAUGUAUACACACAGGACCAUUUUUGUACAGUAUACAAACAUGAUGACUCAGUGUUUUACAUAAACAAAUACAUUAUACAGUCAGAACCAUAAUAAAAACCUUGUAAAAUAUUGUUAUCCAUAUCAUAAUAAUGAUUACAACUUUAUUCUCCAACCACUAUGUAUCAAUCCUUAUUUUUGAGACGUACUGGGAACAAAUAUUUCAUGAAAUUAAUACAUUUUAUGCAUAGUUUAUCCAGCCAAAAAUGUAUGCUGCCAUCUUUGUCCUGUUAUGAAUCAAUCAUAUUAUAAUUUGUUAGGAUUUUAACACUCAAAGUUGUAUUUUCUGCCUUCAAAAAUAACACAAUCACAGCCCAGUCGCCAGAAGAAAAUCUUGCCGCUGUACAUUUCUGCAAACCACGAAUACCUUACAUUUGUAUGUUUCAAACGUAUCAUAUCAACAUUUCUAAAGUUAGUGAGGUUGAGAGGAUGGCUGAUGGCGUAUCACCUAGGCGAGAUGCCUGUCAAGCUGCAGACCACUGUUCAGGACCGACAAACAACAAAACCGGUUGGUAUUAGCAACCUGUUGCUGUUUUUCCAGUGGCUUUUAAAGGACCAGUGUGUAGAACUUAGUAGGUGUGGGGGGAAAAAAAUCGAUACAGCAUAGCAUCUGGAUAUUUUUGUUUGGCAAUACCAUAUCAUCACACAGUGCCACGUAUCGAUUUCUUUAUUAGAUAAAUUAUUUAUAUGACAAAUGCAAAGUAAACUUUAAACUGGAAUUAUAUAAUCAGGUGUUUUUUCAGUCCACUAGAUAAAUUUUGCUGCAGAAAAAUGACUGAAGUGAGAUGAACAGUCUGAAAACUUAUUAGAUAAAACGGAUGUUGACAAAGUUUUCCUUUGGGGACAUAAUUUACAGUUGAAAAAAGGUGAUAAAUUGCAAUAUAUAAAAAAUAUUUUUAUCGCAAUACUCGGCACAUCGCAACAUAUUUAAAAUCGUAAUAAUAUUGUAUCAUGACUUAAGUAUUGUGAUAAUAUUGCAUUAUGGAUCUUCUGGUGAUUCCCACCCCUAGAAUUUAGAUAUAUUGGCAGAAAUGGUAUAUGAUAUUCAUAACUAUGUUUUCAUUAGUGUUUAAUCAUCUCACUAAGAGUCACUGUGUUUUCGUUACAUUAGAUUGAGCCAUUUAUAUCUCCAUACAGAGUGGGUCCUCCUCCACAGAGUUUGCCACACUUUUUUUGCAUCAACCUCUGUAGCUCUCCUUCACUUGGCACACGCUAGAAGUUUCAGUUGUUGCAAUCUGGAGCCUUAUGGCUAGAUGCCAAUAAAUCCACACACACUAGACCUUUAAGUGUGGGUGGUUUUUAGUGGUCUGCUGUUGCUUUUCCCGCGAGGACGGUGCACGAAAAGCGGUUAUUUUCAGACACAUUUCCUGCCAGGAUAACACCACAAAAAGUGGUAUUUUAAGACAAAACAUGAUCUUUUCCUAGCCAUAACUAAGUGGUUUUUGUGCCUUCAGUUACAUAAUAACAUACAAAUGUAACGUAUCCAUGGUUUUCCAAACUGUACAAUGCCGACAUUUAUUUUGGUGAUUGUGUUGAAAAGAAUACAGCAGACCAUAGAACUGUGUAUAAUAUAGAGAUGCUCACAGUUGGCACAAACCUUUCUUAAACUAUGACGUAUUUGAAAUUAGACAACUCUGUUCUCUAUUUGCAGUUCUUUAUGUUAAAUUGUUAGGUUUUUGGAUCCUCUUGAGCUCAAGAAAUGUUAAGACUUGUUGAGCAGGAUCUAACAUCCUUACAUCUCUUGUCAGAAUCUUUUUCAGAGAUGUAUCAACCGAUCUUGGUGGCACUUGUGGUGCUGUUCUGCUCUUCACCCUUGGUAAAUGGAGGAAAAGUCCUGGUGUUCCCCUUUGAUGGAAGCCACUGGAUCAACAUGAAAGUCCUCGUUGAGGAGCUUCAUUCAAGGGGUCAUGAAAUCACAGUGGUAAGGACAUCAGACAGCUGGUACAUCCAGCCGGAGUCCCCGUUCUACAAGUCCAUCACUGUGGAAUUGUCUGCUGGUUUUGAUGAGGGACGCAUGGAGUCAUUUGCAACCAGAAUGAUGAACCUACGACGGACAGGUGCUUCACUUUGGACUCUUAUAUCUCUGGAGUAUGAACUGGUGGAACUGUUCUAUCAGAUGCAUGUUCUGGUGGUUCAGAUGGUGGGGGGGGUGUUUGAAAAUACCAAACUAAUGCAGAGCUUCCGCGAUGCCAAAUAUGAUGUGGUUCUGACAGACCCUGCAGCUGGUGCAGGGGUGCUUCUGGCUCACCGUCUGGGUCUUCCAAUUGUCCUCAAUGUGAGGUGGAGUGUUCAAGGUGAGGCCCAUCCUGUAAUCGCACCUUCCCCACUCUCCUAUGUCCCAAUAGCAUUGUCAGAGCUGACUGACAAGAUGACCUUUCCUGAGAGAGUCAAGAACGUCUUUUGCUAUUUCUUCUUAUGUUUUCAAGUUUGGUACAUCACAGACCAAAACUACAAACCAUUUGUUCAUCGUUACUUUGGUAAAGAUGUACACUACAUAGAGCUGUUUCAGGCAGCAGACAUCUGGCUGAUGAGGAAUGAUU